UGCCCCUGGGCUCUUAUUGUUUUAUUUGGAUAUUUACUUUGUGCAGUCACAGAAUAGGUACAGUAUUUAGACUCUUCACUUUGCAUUUUGCUAUUGACUAUACUGUAUGUAAAGCAUUGUCUUAUUGAAUGAUUUCACGCGGAAAAAAUAUUCGCCAAGUGUUUCAACGAUAUUUAUCUACAUGCUUUUCACUUCGUAACAAAAUGGUGGACGUAAACAUAGCAGCCAUGAGAAUCGACUACACACUUAGUGAACAACUGGACACAGACAACUUGCCAGUGAAAGAUCCAAUCAGUUUGUUUGAAAUUUGGUUUACGGAAGCAAAGAAUUGUGAGAGGAUUGAAGAACCAAAUGCAAUGACACUUGCAACUGGUACCAGGUAAAAAUAUCUACUUAGUAUACUGUAUAAUGCACCUAUCAAUGUUAACCCCCAGAGGGGGGGGGGUCGGGCAUAUGUGGGGCAUUUGACCAUUGUAUUUGUAUUUUGAUUAGUAUUUUGACCCCGAGUGUUGGGGCAAUUUGAACCGAAUGACUUUUAUUAAUAUAGUAUUUAUUACAAUUUAUUGCAAAAUGGUGGGGUAUUUGACCAAUAUUUAUUGCCCGACGGUGGGGCAUUUGAUUGAAAAUUUUCUCAAAAAAUCAAAUGCCACACCUAUGCCCGACCCCCCCCCCCCUCUGGAGCUUAACAUUGAUAGGUGCGUAAUCAGAGACAAACGACAGUGGAAAUGAACAGUUUGACUGACUCAUCACUCAUGGGCGUAAGAGAUUAUGAUGUCAGCCCACAAUGAAUGCCCAUGAGGUAGUCAAACCUGGUAAUUGCAGUAGUUGCUCCUGUUGCUGUUAUUUUACAACAUAUUCGGUAUUUCGGUAUAACUCCCUUAGGCUAACACCCCUCAUGCUUUCAUAAUUUUUGAAGAUCUGUUGCUUAUUCAUUGUCUAACUAAAGCUGCAGAUCGAACAGCCUUUACUUAGUAAAUGUUGAGCAGUGUUUCCCUUUUAGAUUUAGUAGCUGACGUGUUCCUGUAUUUUUACACUGUGGCCAUUUAAGCCCAGGCUGCAAAUUGAGUACCCACUAGGGCAAGUGCACACACUGCAUUUGUGCCCGCAACAUUGCACAAGAGUACAUCUAGGCUCGACCUGUCAUUAAUGGUUGCAUAUUUUUUUCAGAGGGGAUGAUCCAGUGGCGAAGCUAGCCAUAGCAACAGGUCAAAUGCAAUGCCAAAUUUAAUGAUUUGCAUAUUUCAAACCUUUAGAAAUGUAUUUGUCUUUACCUGUUUAGAUUCAGGUUUAUUAGUAUAGCAUGACCAGUAAUUGCCAUGGCUAUAGCUUCACCACUGCCAUGGGCAUACCGGGAGGGGGGGGGGGGUGGCAGCCCCCCAGUUUGUUGGGCAAACAAAGCCAGUCGGGCAAUAUUCGCUUCACAGUCGGGCAAUAUUGGCUAAUAUUAUAAAAAUAAAUGGGACAAAUUUUGUCAAUUUGUGGGAAAUUCGUCAAUACCGUGGGGAAAUAUGCUAUCUAAUAGAAUUUUUGUCCCCCCCCCCCCCCCUCGUAGGAAAUGUUAAACAGCUGCAGGGAAUUUGUUUGAAUGAAGAUUUGCUAUUGAAAAUUUGAAGGAAACCUUAACACCCAUGUCCCACUAUGGGUGCAACAACAUAGGGUUGACAAACAUUCCUUGAAUUUAAAGCCAUGGUCAGCUAGAACACUAUAUGUUUAUGUGCAUGCAGAUUUAGCACAAAAAUACUCUGUAGGAAAUUUUUGUCUCCAGGUUGUGCUUCCAGGAAGAAAAUAAUUUUUUCUACCCUGUUUAGUUUUAUCUGCUAAAUGAGAGCAGCUACUUUCUUUACACCACCAUUUAUGAGGAGAGGGGGGCUACUCUCGGAGUAGCGACUACUUUUGGAAAUUCUAUAAACAACUCAAAUUCGCCACUACGUUCAAGGAGCUGCUACUUUCAAGGGGGGGGGGGUUAUGUAACUUAAAUUGGGAUUCAGUGGUACCAUAGUUAGACACAUGAUUGAUCACUUGCAGAAUUUCUGUAUACAGUCCUUAGAUCUUGUCUAAAACUGUCCUAUUCUGCAGUCUGGUCUGCAGGUGCUAAACUCAUCAAAUAUUUUCCCGAAUUCAUAAACAAACAAUUAGACUUAUAUAUCUAUUGUAAUGUUCCUUUUGCAUAGAAGUGGUAUACCAUCUGCUCGGAUAGUCCUUCUCAAAGGUUUUGAUAAGAGAGGAUUUAUGUUUUAUACAAAUUACCAAAGCAGAAAAGGAAAAGAACUAGUGAGUAAUAAUACAAGAUUGUAG